AUGGGUCGCGUAAAAUCUAUUGCUCAAAGAAAGAAGAAAACAACCAACCCUUCUUCUAACCAACCUUCCCCUCGCACUGAGGACCCUUCUACAAAUCCACAACCUGUAAAUAUUGUACCACCCGAAAUCCAAACUAAAGCCCGACCUCGCGACGGCCUUAGGCCAGAGGUCGAAUGGUAUGUAGCUCCUCCUAGCAUUAUUGUGGCUAGGAUGGUAAACAACUAUCUCAAGAAGUAUGUCAUGCCUUCCGACGACGCGUUUGACUUGUACAGCCAACCCAAAACCACUGCUCCUGCGAGCAGGAAGAAGGAAAGCAGGCAACAUCCUGGGGAAAGCAAUAGCAAUCCAUCAAAGAAAAGGGCUCGGAUUGAAGAUCCUCCUGUACCUGUACCUUCCAAGGAAACUACUCCUCCUCCCGCCCCCAUCGAUCAGAAUCCUUCACCAGCUCCCACCGACCCGACUCCUUCACCGGCUCCCGUCGACCAGACUCCUUUACCAACUCCCGUCGACUAG